GAUCAACAAUAAAACCAUUAAAUCCUAGUAUUUAAAUAUGAGCAGCCCGUCUAAGCGGCGGAAGAAGAACGAUAGCUCCGCGCAACCAAUACGAAACUUGGACUUCUUCUUCGCGAAGCAGAAAGAAGCCGCAACCAAGUCCGCGAAUGCCGUGCAAGAAGCUGAGGAUAAUGUCACCAACUCGGAGGGUCUGACGGACGAGGAACUCGCCAGGAAAUUGCAGGAUGAAUGGAACAAACAGGAUCAGGUCGAUGCAGCUUCAGAGCGCAAUGGCGAUCUCUACGACGACCCCCAGGCAUCUAUCGUAAACGGCGCGUCGGAACAGGCCAUCGAUGGGGGAAAGGAUAGCCCAACAGAUAAUGAGAGGCUCAACGCCAAAGAUAUGAAACCAGACCAUUCGAAUCAGACAAGUACGCUCUCGUUGCAGUCAACAGCCGCCGAGGAGGACACUGUAUCCGUCAACAUUCCCUUCGACCAGAGCCCCCUCGAAUUCGAGCCUGCGCAAUAUAUUCCAGACUUACAGAGACAUUGGGCAUCUGAGGGAGGACACGCUACAUACGCGCUACUUACCCGUUGUUUUGUGCUGGUAAAUAGCACUACAAGUAGGAUCAAGAUUGUGGAUACCUUAGUGAAUCUUUUACGGGUAUUGAUCGAAGGCCACCCUGAGAGCUUGCUGCCAGCCGUUUGGCUUGCAACCAAUUCCAUUUCUCCACCGUAUAUCGACCUCGAGCUUGGGCUAGGAGGGUCCGCCAUUUCGAAAGCCUUGAAGAAAGUCUGCGGUCUUGACAAUGCUGGUUUGAAAACCUUGUAUAACAAGUAUGGUGACCCUGGAGACGUCGCAUUCGAAGCAAAAAAACGACAAUCAUUUACCUUGCGAAAGCCCAAGCCAUUGACCAUCAAAGGCGUAUUCGAUUCUUUGGUUAAGAUCGCCAAUAGCAAAGGUCACGGAAGUGUAGAAGUGAAGCAAAGAAUUGUGGAGCGUCUUAUCCAAGAUGCGAGAGGCGCAGAGGAGAGCCGUUAUAUUGUCCGUACCUUAGUACAGCAUCUAAGAAUCGGUGCUGUAAAGACCACAAUGCUUAUCGCCCUGUCGCGUGCAUUCAUACUCUCGAAGCCUCAAGGCGCCGAUUUUGAAAUUCGAGAUUCGAAAGAGCUUAAAAGAUUGAAGAAAGAGGAGUUGGCAGAAGUUUAUGCCCGAAAAGAAGAAGUAGUCAAAGCUUGUUUCGCGAGACGCCCGAAUUACAACGAUCUUAUACCAGCGCUUAUUCAGGUUGGUGUUUGCGAGGAAUUGCUUCUGCGUUGCGGCCUUGCGCUUCAUAUUCCGCUACGACCCAUGCUUGGAAGCAUUACCCGUGAUUUGGGAGAAAUGAUAACGAAACUCCAGGGCCGAGACUUCAGCUGCGAGUACAAAUAUGACGGUCAACGCGCCCAAGUUCACUGUGACGAGAAGGGCAAGGUCACGAUCUUCUCCCGACAUCUUGAAGUGAUGACGGACAAGUACCCCGAUCUGGUUGAUCUAGUGCCUAAGAUACGCGGAGAAAGUGUAUCUAGCUUCAUUCUGGAGGGCGAAGUUGUGGCCAUUGAUCGAGAUUCUGGUGAAUUGAAGACCUUCCAAACACUUGCUAAUCGUGCGCGGAAGGAUGUAGUGAUUGGGAGUGUUACCAUUGACGUAUGCCUAUUCGCUUUCGACCUCAUGUAUCUCAAUGGCGAGGAACUCCUAGAUCGACCUUUCAGAGAGAGGCGAUCCUUGCUAAGGAGCCUGUUCGUCGAGAUUCCUCACAAUUUCACAUGGGUGAAGAGCAUUGAUGCCACAUCCGCAGAUGUAGAAACAGUGCAGUCUUUCUUCAAGAGUGCGACAGAUAUUAAAUGCGAGGGAAUCAUGGUAAAAAUCCUGGACAAUCUACCCAAUCCUGAUCUGUUAGGCGACGAAGAACACGCCGAGGAUGAUAAGGUCCCCGAACCGCCUACGCCGAAAAAGAAGGGCAAGAACACGAGUUCUAAAGCAAAGGCAACCAAUGGAGAGGGUGGUGCUGAGGGCAAGGGUUCACGUCGGAAAGCCCUUCUAUCUACAUACGAACCAGACAAGCGUCUAGAUUCCUGGCUGAAGGUGAAAAAAGACUACAAUACGUCCGCGGACACCCUCGAUCUGAUCCCGAUUGCCGGUUUCCACGGUUCAGGACGCAAAUCGAAAUGGUGGUCACCAAUACUUCUUGCUGUUAGAAAUGCCGAGACCGGUUCUUUAGAAGCAGUGACGAAAUGCAUGUCCGGCUUCACGGAUGCUUUUUACAAAGCCAACCGUGCCAAGUACGACAAGGAUGAUCCGGAGAACACAAGUGUGCUACCAGAGAAACCGCAUUAUGUGGAUUACAACGGAGGGGCAGGGCGGCCGGACGUCUGGUUUGAACCGCAGGAAGUCUGGGAGGUCGCAUUUGCAGACUUGACCCUCAGUCCGACCUAUACCGCAGCGAUCGGUCUCGUCAGUGACGAAAGGGGGCUCAGUACCAGGUUUCCGAGAUUUUUGAAAGUAAGGGAAGACAAGGGAAUUGACGAGGCAACCGAAGCUGCAGAUCUGGCUUCGAUGUACAGAAAACAAGAGGCUAGGAUUCCUAAUCCGCAAGAAAAGGAGCUUGUGGACGAUUUGGAGGAUGAUUGAAACGACUAGACCAUGCUUGAGCCAGGAAGACGACUUGAACCUCACAUAAUAAGUGUACGAUGAGAAUGUUCGAAUCACACAAUCUAGCGACCGAUGAAUGCAAUAUCCAGAUGCACCAGGCUGCCUUGAACGCCAACAUCGAAUAUGUCCCAAUUUUCUUCUUGCAUCCGUAUUCGAAUACUGUGGGGGAAACGCACGUUACAGCGUGAUGCAUUCAUGUCUUCAAUUGGUCACAUUAGAAAUCAUGUAAUCCCUUUGUGAGUAUACCCAUUGUUAUGAAUCUCAAAUUACCGGAGAGACAGGCGGUAUAAAGAGCGUUCUAUCGACCUGUGAGAUAGUCGAGACUACAUAGGUCUCCAAGUAAAAGUUGUAAAUUAGGUCCAUAUAGAAAUAUUGAUAACCUGUCA